CGCUUACAUUGCUAAUACUCUAUUCACACACAUUACCACUGCUGUACUCACUGUUACUUGCUUUAAUGGCGGAUGAAUGUCUCCACUCUGUGCAGCUCGAGCUCGAGGCCAUGGGAAAGCAGAUUCGCGACCUGGAGGUGAGGCAGGCCCAGCUGAGAGAGCGGAGAGCCGCGCUGGAAUCAUCCCGGGCUGACGCUCACAAGUCCGGGGUAAGUAUACAGCGAUCUGCUAACAGUCCCACCACGUCUACUCCGUAUGUUUCUCUGCACAGGCCCGGUGCACCCAGGUCGCGAUCUUCCCAGAUGUCCUUCACUGCGACGCCGGGACACCACGGACCCUGGGUGCAUCCACAGCGGAGGACGCGAGCCGGGUCCCGGGCGACGACUUCUCCCCCUCCUGCCUUCGACAUCUCCAUCCGGAACCGCUUCGCUCCCCUCCGCGAGACAGGACGCGACGCUGUGAUCAUCGGAGACUCCAUCGUCCGACACAUACCCGCGAUCCUGAAGGCCGACGAGAGCCCCAGAGCGUUCAUGCUUCACGCCGGGGUUAACGACACCACGCUGCAGCAGACGGAGACGCUGAAGAGGGACUUCAGCAGCCUGAUCGAGACGGUUCGCAGCAUGACGCCCGCGGCGACGAUCAUCGUGUCAGGACCACUGCCCACGUAACGAC